UGGGCAGCGUGCACCCGCCAUGACGCCGGAAGGCCGUGUGAUUGGUCCGCAGAGUCCACGGCAGCUUUUCCCUGUAGCUCAAGGCUUUCGGUCACUUCUCUCUCUCUCUAAGCGAGUGUUCUUGCAGUGACUGGAGCUGCUAGUCCCGAAGAAGCAGACCGAGCGAGCGAGGCGAGGCACCAUGACAACCCUGGAUGAUAAGUUGCUGGGGGAGAAAUUACAGUACUACUACAGCACCAGUGAAGAUGAGGACAGUGACCAUGAAGACAAAGACAGAGGCAGGGGAGCCCCGGCCAGUAGUUCCAUGCCUGCAGAGGCUGAGCUGGCAGGUGAAGGCGUUUCAAUCAAUACAGGUCCAAAAGGUGUGAUCAAUGACUGGCGCCGCUUCAAGCAGUUGGAGACAGAGCAGAGGGAGGAGCAGUGCCGGGAGAUGGAGCGGUUGAUCAAAAAGCUAUCUAUGAGCUGCAGGUCCCAUCUGGAUGAAGAGGAGGAACAACAGAAACAGAAGGACCUCCAGGAGAAAAUCAGUGGGAAGAUGACUCUGAAGGAGUUUGGUACAAUGGACAAGAACUUGGAUGAUGAAGAGUUUCUGCAGCAGUAUCGGAAGCAGAGGAUGGAAGAGAUGCGACAGCAGUUUCAUAAAGGGCCCCAAUUCAAGCAAGUUUUUGAGAUCCCCAGCGGAGAAGGGUUUUUAGAUAUGAUUGAUAAAGAACAGAAAAGCACCCUCAUCAUGGUUCAUAUUUAUGAAGAUGGCAUCCCAGGGACUGAAGCCAUGAAUGGCUGCAUGAUCUGCCUUGCCACAGAGUAUCCCGCUGUCAAAUUCUGCCGGGUGAGGAGCUCAGUUAUUGGGGCCAGCAGUCGUUUUACCCGGAAUGCCCUUCCUGCUCUGCUCAUCUACAAGGCGGGUGAAUUGAUUGGCAAUUUUGUUCGAGUCACUGACCAGCUGGGGGAAGAUUUCUUUGCUGUAGACCUUGAAGCUUUCCUACAGGAAUUUGGAUUGCUCCCAGAAAAGGAAGUCUUGGUGCUGACAUCUGUGCGGAACUCUGCCAACUGUCACAGUGAAGACAGCGAUCUGGAAAUAGAUUGAGCUGAUAAUCUAGUUCCGUAGCUAUCUCAUUGUUUGGGCUGGAGGACACAUGUCUGUAUUUAUUUCUGUCCUUCCUGUGUCUUCUGACUUUACAGCUGUUCUUUGUAGUCUCAUUUAGUAUGUGAAAAGUCAAGAAAUUCUUAGAUUAAAUCAGAAUGCUGACUCACUUUGUGGCUAGCUGUAAAGGGACUUCAAAUUAUAUAAACAGGAAACUAGGUUCUUGAGUUGUUUACUUCUCUAGCGUGACAGCUCUGAUACUGUUUCCAGUCAAUAUUGAUAUGGCACUCUUGAAGGCAAUGUCUUGAAAAUUGUCUUCUGAUGACCUCAGAAUUCUACCAGGUCUGAGAGUAGAAUUCCCUAGUGAGUGUGUUCUGUGCAGUGUAAACAGUGCAUUUCCAUAAUCACUUGAUUGCAAAUCAUGUUUACUUGCAAUCAGAUGCAUAGCUGUACCUUUUCUCUCUAGAUCCUUCUCUACCAGGGUCCAUACAAUGCUGGGAAUGUAGCUCAGUGGUGAACUCUUAACCUAGCAUGCACAUGGCCCCAAGAAAUCUGAUUCCCAGCACUGUCCAAACUAAAGGUUCCAGAUGAUGCCUAGUGCUGGCUGUAGUUUUCAGUGGCCUCUGCUGUGGGAGGCAGUGGUCCAGGCCAGCAUAAUGAUGCAUGAACAGGAAAGGGUGGUUUUUGCUGACCGCUGUCAUGAUGUUGGGAGGCAAGCAUCCUAUUCACUGACACUGGUGUGUAGAGCAUGAAAACCUCAGUAGGAGGACCUUUCUGUACUCAUGCUCAUCAGCAUCUAUUCCUGAUAUUUAACGAGGUAACUUCUUGUUUAACCUCAACUUUCGUAAAAGCUUUUUUUGGCCUAUUAGAAAAAGAAUCAUAGUAGAGGAAAAUUGGUCAAAAUACAGAUGUAAAAAUGGUUUAAAAAUAUAAUUCUGCCACCUAAACACUGUAUGUUUUGGUAGUUCAUAUAUAGGGUUAUAUAUAUUCAAAAGCUUUGGUUUGUCUUUAAAUAACACUGGGAUCAUUCUGAGCAUACUGGUGUAUAUGGUCAGUUACUAACAUCAGAAGGUUUUUGUGUUACUAAGUACUCAUCUAUAAUACUUUAAUAGCUGUUGAUAUUCCCAGAUAUACUGUAAUCUGCUUGGAGGUUGGUUUUUAGAAAGAUGGCAAACUUUUUAUUAUAAACCUUUUAUUAUGAAACAUGUUCAUCAUAGAACAUACAAUAAAAAUUAAGCUAAAAAGAUAUUUAAAAGCCAUACAAUUUUACUACUGAUAAUUGCUGUCACCAUUUUUACAGAUUUCUUUCUAGCUUUAUGUGUAUGUGUGUAUUUAUAAAAUUGUCACUCAAGUUUUUUUUCCUUUUGGUUAUUCUUUAUAUAUUUUAAUAUCAGGGGUAAAUGUGAUCUGGAAGUAAAUAUUAGCUUUAGUAUGCACACUUGAGUUUUUUGUUUGGUUAGAAACUAAGUGUAAAUGAGUCUUGAAAGAUCUGUUGGAUUUAGUCAACAAAAACAUUGUCAUUUUGACUUUUUGACUAAGGAGCUCAUUGGUGAAGUGAAGAAAAUCAUUAGGAGCAGAGACGACUGCUGUCAAUAUUCUAGUUUAUGUCUUUCCAGUACCCUCCUUUUUUUUCAAUUCUUAAUAACAUUGAUAGUUACUGAAUUUUGUGUUCUACUUUAUGUAAUAGUGCAUACUAAACUACUUUGAUGUAUUGUAAAAGUUCUGAAUAAAUCAGUUGCUUUAUAGUUCACCAUUUAAAUAAACCAUAUCAUAUUGACUCAGCCCCUGCAUAUUAGAUUUUUAAAUUCCCAGGAUUUUUCUAAAGCAUUUAACAUCUUUGCAAUUUGCACUGUGCUUUGGAUCACUCAAAGUACAGAUGUCUAGAAGAGUCACUGAAAAACUGACAUUUUAAACUUUUUUUCUUCACAAAAUAAUUUUGAUAAAUUUCCUUCACAGAUGCUAUUCAUUUUGAUUAUGUUACCAUAUUGCUCUCUUGGCUUCUUUUCAUUCCUGCUGAUCUUCCUCUUCCCAAAUAGUUCUUAUAUCACUUUGAGGUCUUUUGGGUUUGAUAGUCCACUGCGAUUAGUUAUGGUUGCUCACAUGAACAUGAGUAAUGGAUUAUAUUGACUGGAUCUGGGCAACUUAACAGCUACACUGCUGAAGAAAAUGUCUCCCCUUUUUCUCAGCAACCAUUAACUUCCAAUAGCUCCUUAGGAAGGGGUGAGACCUCCUGAGUCUCUCUUCCAUCCAUGGAAUAAUUAAUAGAUCAUAAUUAUGUAUAUAUAUAAUAUAUGAAUAUAAUGUUUUGAUUAUAUUCUUCCCUUCUCUUACUCCCUUCACCCUCCCACUGAAUCCUUUUGCAGUGAAUCCCCUUCUUUGAUGUGUGUGUGUGUGUAUGUGUGUAUGCUCUCCACUGCUUAUAAUUCCUUACAUGAGUAUUGGAUGGGGGUUAUUUACUUGACUAAGGCAACUUAGUGGCUAAUCUUCACCUAACAAACACUAAUUAGGUAAGACCUUACCAGCCUCUCCCUUAUCUAUGAUGGGAUGCUAAUGGGCUCAGUCUUGUUCAGGUAGUUAACUAGUGUGAUGUCAUGUCCAAUAGUGUCCAGAAGACAACAGUUUACAGUGCUCCUUCCCCAUCUUCUAGCUCUUACAUUUUUUUCUGCAAUGUUUCCUGAUCCUUCCAGGGGUUGAUAUGGAUGUCCUGUUCAGGGUAAACAUUCAACAGACUUAUUCUUAGCAUUUUACCUAGUUAGAUGUCUGCAUUAACUGUUGUUUAUUAUAGACAGGAACGUCUCUGAUGAAGGCUGGAAGCAGGAACGUAUGGAUAAGAACAUGAAAGCAAUGAAGGAAGAAGGAUUUGUUUUGGCUCAUAGUCCGAGGGGAUAAAGUUCAUUGUAGUGGGAAGGCAUGGCGCCAGGUAACACUAUUGGUAACAGCAUGUGGCAGCUGAUUGUCACACAGCACUAAGGGGGUAGAAAGACCUGAGCUAGAUCUGGGACUAUCUACCCCAUGUUCUUAUGGUGCUACAUCUACCAGGUAAUCUUCAUGUCAGAAGGUUCCUCUACCUCUCAAAAUAGUGCUACCAGCUGGGAACCAUGUAUUCAGACACAAGCAUGUGGGGGAUGUUUUUACAUUCAAAUUGUAACAUUUCAACUCGCCAGUAGGCCUGUGGUCAUCAUUUUGUUCUUUUAUAUCUGUGUAUUAUGAAUUCUGUUCCUCUCCUUCCAUUUCCUUUCCAGCCUGUAAAAGCAUCCCCCCUCCAUAUAUAA